AUGGUUCAUCUGCGAUACCUCUAUUUGAUUAUAGUGUUGACAUUUUUAACAUCUAAUAACUAUUGUGUCUAUCUACAUCAAUCUGAUAUACAUAGUGCUAUAACAAGAGGAGCAUCAGUAAAUAACAAGAUACGAGAAUAUUUUUCCAUUCUAAGAUACGAUAAAAGUAUCGACAAUUUAAAAAUUAGAGAAUUCACAUAUCCUCUGACUCCAUUUACCAUAUAUGGAAAUAUUGCCUUAGAAUAUGCUUUUGUUGCAGAUGCCCUGAAAUCCCUCCUCAAGGGAAAAUUAAAUAAAUACGAGAUUGGACCCUAUUUAUUAUCCCUUAAUAUAUCUGGCACAACUUUAGGUCAGAAAUGUACAAUUGAAAAAAAUUUGCGAAUUCAUACAUGUAAUAAAAAUGAAAAGGAAUUAGAUGGAUUUUGCAAUAAUUUAAAGAAUAAACAUUGGGGAAUGUCAAAUAUGCCCCACAAAAGACUUAUUGAACCCGAUUAUGGCGAUGGACUUAAUAAUCCUCGAAUCGCUAAAAAUGGAGGAGCAUUACCAAAUCCUAGAUUGAUAACUAAAAAUGUGUUUAGCAAUGUCGACAAGUUUCACAAUGAUAUGACAGUUAUUACGAUGACAUUUGGUCAAUUUAUUGAUCAUGAUAUUACGCACACUCCUUUUCCUACUGGUAAUAUUAAUUAUAAGAAUAAUUCCAGUCAUUUAACGUUGACUGAUUCAAAAAUUAUUUUUUGGCCAAUUCCCAUUCUCUAUUUAUAUUCCGUUCGAAUGCUAGCCUAUGAUGCUAUUGCGAUUAUUUGUAUCUGUUGGCGAUUUAAGCACCCAUUAUGUUAUGGUAUGCCAUUUCCUCCAGAUGAUCCUUUCUUUUCAAAAUUUAAUCAAACAUGUAUGAAUGCCGUUAGAUCUUUUCCAGCUUUAAGACCCGAUUGCAAAAUCGGUCCUCGAGAGCAAAUGAAUCAAGUUUCUUCAUAUUUAGAUGGCUCAGGGCUAUAUGGAAGCAUAAUUGAAGAUAAUUUGGCUUUGAGAGACACAACAACACCUAAAAUGAAAGUUCAAACUCAUCCAUUCAACCAUUUAAUGAGAGAGUUAUUACCAGCUCAAGGUAAUAUACAAAUUGAGGAGUGUAUAUAUGCACGAAGGGCUCGUUAUCAUUGUUUUAGAGCAGGCGAUGAAAGAAGUAAUGAAAAUACCCCUUUAACUGCAUUGCAUACGAUUUGGCUUAGAGAACAUAACAGAAUUGCUGAUUGGUUGCAACAUAUUAAUCCCCAUUGGUCUGCUGAAAAAGGUUUUCAAACGACAAGAAAAAUUGUUGGAGCCAUGUUACAACAUAUCACUUAUAAGGAAUGGUUGCCUAUCUUGCUUGGACCUAUAGAGAUUCAAAAACACAAAUUAGAAUUGGCAGACACGGGUUAUUUUUCGGGUUAUGAUGACAAUAUAGAUGCAACAAUUGCGAAUUCGUUUGCGGCAGCCGUCCUGAGAUUAGGGCAUAGUUUAAUCAACAACGAAUUCCAUAGGAUUGGAUAUUUAGGAAUUUUUCACUCUUCAGUGCCACUUAAAAAUACAUUAAGAUCACCGAGGACUGUAUAUUUAUCAGAAUUUCCAGAAGGAAUAGAUCCUCUUUUAAGGGGUUUAGUUCGUCAGUCUGCCAAUACAAUUGAUCACAAUUUUGCUGAAGAUAUAAAUGAACACUUAUUUCAACAUGAGAGCAAAGGAUACGGUAUGGACCUUCUAGCAUUAAACAUACACCGAGGAAGAGAUCAUGGAAUACCUGCUUAUAAUGAAUUUCGUGAUAUUUGUGGUUUAAAGAGAUUUAUCAAUUGGGAUGACAUGAAAGAGGCUAUGCCUUCAGAUGUGGUUGAAAGAAUGAGAGCCCUAUAUAAUGAUGUUGAUGAUGUAGAUUUAUUCCCCGGUGGCAUCUCCGAAUAUCAUGCGGAAGACGCUGAAAUAGGCCCGACAUUUGCUUGCCUUUUAGGGGAUCAAUUUUUCAGACUACGAUUUGGAGAUAGAUUCUGGUAUGAAAAUGCUAAUCGUAGUGAUGUAAUCGAACACGCUUUCCUUCCUGAUCAAUUACAAGAAUUAAGGAAAGUAUCAUUGGCGAAAGUUUUAUGUCAAAAUUCAGAUAGCAUAACUAUAAUUCAACAGAACGUCUUCAGAAAACCUAGCUUCAAUAACCCAUUAUUAACGUGUAAAGACUUGCCUGACAUUGAUUUAGCAGCUUGGAGGGAAAAAACUAAUUCAAGGGAAAAAAUAGGACUGACAGAAAAAGAAUCAUUAAUACUGAAGAAUAUCAUUUAAUUUUGAAUUUAUAUUAAAAAAACUUAAUCAAUAAUAAUGCAAUUUUUUAUUACAU